AUGAUAACGAGGACAAACGCCACCACCGACAACGUACACCCCUUGACAGACCCUGAGGCAAUACUGAAAGCCGGCAACGCCGAAAAGAGACGCAUCAAACAGGCUUCUGCCCAAUCCAUUGGUCCGGUUCCCUCUGCACCGACUACGUCAUCUGUAAUCAUGUCAGAAUCGGCUCCCCCACCUGGAGGCCAAGAACAACCGACCGGCAAUUCCACCCGCGACUCCAAUCGUACUGCCGAUGCAUCCGACAUGAGCACGGCCAAAGAGUGGUUUAAAGCCGUGCUCAAGAUCCAACACACAGCGAUAACACAGGCCCAGGAAGAUCGCCGACAAGCACUAGAAGAUUGUCGUGCGGAUCGUCAGAUAAUUCUUGCGGCUCAUCAAGCAAGCUCGGACCGCAUCCGACGAUUGGAGGACCUACUCCUCGCUAUGAAUAUCAAAAACAAGGUCAAUUCCCGAGCCGAACAACCAGCGCCAGGUCGGGUUGACCUACAGAAGUUUCGUACCUCCGACGGCCCAACCUUUUGUGGACCGUUUCAAGAAACCAAACCAUUCUUGCGUUGGAUUCACGGCGUACAAAUUUUCUUCGAAACAAAGAGCGUCAGCAACGCAGCCGAUAAGAUCAAAAUACUCGGAAACCUAGUAGCAGAAACAAACCUUCAGUCUUUCUACGCAAACGAAGCGGCGAGUUUUCUCAACAAGUCCUGGGAGGAAUUCAAAGCUCGUAUGUUCGACUUCGCGCUCCCUAAUAAUUGGCGUUCUGGACUCCAGCAACAAAUCCGCAAACUAGAGAUGUCGCAAACCGAGACUUUCUUAGAAUACAGCACACGAGCUCGCACCCUUCAGAGCUUAUUCAAUUUUGACGCCGAGAAACUAUCCAAACUCGGAGAUCUUCAACUAGCUCAAUUCGUUGUAUACGGUUUAUCCGACGCCCUUCAAGACAGGAUUCACGAACGUCAACUUCUAGAAACAUCCCCUUUCGCGUAUGGUCAGUUUGAGAAACAAUCCAACGCAUUGUUCCUCGCGCUGCAAAGACCCGCGCGACCAACAACAAUAACCAAGUCAACUCCUAACGCCCCACCGACUCUCGGCCGUGAUGAAUUCAUAUGGCGAGUCCAUGCCUUUCUGGACUCGCAGGGUCUCUGUCACUUCUGCAAGAAGCACUGCGGCAACGCCGCUGGAGCCUGCCCCGGUCCGAUUGACCGUUCACACAUCAAUAUCCCCAACGAAUUCCAAACGCCGACCAAGCCACUUGACUAUGUGGCCCCCCGUGCCUGGAGUAAACCAGCUGCCGGCCCUGGACAAUCUUCUCAACCCCUAGCCGGCCAACCUCCAGCUCGAGCAGCAAGUGUGGCAGGUAUUGCAGAAGCAACACCGCUUGAAGCUCACGUUGCCGGACUGACACUCGACGCAGCAAUCAGGCAAGAGACUCUCAUGGAUCACAAAUUCGACAAUGAAGGUUGCUUCCUGGCCCUUCGGACAGCAGCUGUGGCUGCACUUGAGGACCUCGACAAUCAACUCUUGCAAAACAAAAUUGAUCGGGCAACUCAAUCUUCUACUAGUUGGACCAACAACUUGGCGGACGACAUUGCAGGUUGUUAG